CACUGAUAAUGGGUACUGAUAGACAACACUGAUAGGUGGCACUGACUGACAUCACUGCUGGGCACUGACUGGCACAACCGCUGGGCACUGACUGGUGGCACUGACUGGCAGCACUGCUGGGCUGCACUGAUGGGCACUGGUGGGUGGCACUGGUGGGCACAGGUGGGUGGCACUACUGGGCACAGGUGGGUGCACUGCUGGGCACAGGUGGGUGCAUUGCUGGGCACAGGUGGGUGCAUCGCUGGGCACAGGUGGGCGCACUGCUGGGCACAGGUGGGCGGAACUUGUGUGUGGCACUGCUGGGCACCGAUCAUCAGGGCACUGAUGAUCAGUGACCCUGAUGAUCGGUGCCGUUCCCUGCUCUGACAACUGCCGGUUUUCGGCAGUACUUUCCUCACGAUCUGACAGCGUGAGGAAAGUGCAGCCGAGAACCGGCAUUUGCAU